AAAUGACGUCGAAAGAUUUGGGCUCAAAUGGUGAAUUUUGCAUUCAGUUUCAUGUGUAUUGAGCUCCUGCAAUAAGGACUCCGUAUGGUAUUGUUCUUCCAUGGACAGUUUGAGCUGCACACAACCCUUCUCGGCCUUACGUUUAUCCGACGCUCGACCGACACGGCGCGAGAUCAAGGGCUCGAACUCUCAAACGUCGUCGCGCGAGGAACCAGUUGCUCUUCGUCCCUCGACGACGAUACAAUGUCUACGCUUACAGCAGCCCGCCAGACUCAGACGCAUGGUCUCGGCCAGAGACCGUUCGAUCACGAAGAUUUCCGACCACCUCUACUCUUGUCGGAUCCGCCGAACCCCUCCCUCCACCACCAAACACAUCCUGAUUCAACGUCGGAAUCGAGCACGUCUCUCCGCACUGCGAUACAGUCGCCUCAUCCGUACCACGGCAGCGACAGACAGCUUCGGUCUUCUCAGAAUAAAACGAGAUUGCCAGAUUGGAACGAAUUCUACAAGAAUGGCCUUCCCCAAGAGAUCAUUGUCAUCGAAGAUACGCCGGAGCCUUGCCCGGACCGCCCGACAGACGAGCCCACGAGCUAUCACACCACCGCUCCCUCGAUAAAACCCGCCUCAACUAGGAAACGAAAAUUCGACGAAGAACCAGUUGCACAGCCCCAGAGACCCGCCGAUGAGCCAUACGUGGAGAAGUCGGGUGCGAGGACCGUACAGCCACAACGCGCGGAAAUCCGGUUACCACAGCCAAAUUCCACGCCGCAGUUGGGCUCGCCUGAUCCGCGAGUAAACCAGAAGAGGAAGAGAACCCGGUAUCAACUUGCGAAUGGAGCCAGUACGGACAUUGAUGCCAGGUCACUGCUGGGGACCAACAUCGAAUACAAAGGUCUCACCAAACCAGUGCUCAGAGCGAAAGAUGUGGCCGUCAGAGUCGGACACACGGGUUCGAGGGCCGAUAACAAGAAAAUUGAUGACGACGACGGACACUAUAUUGUUGUUCCUGAUGAAGAUCUCACCAGUCAAUUGGUUGCCGUGAAGGUGAUCCGAUCCGUGCAAAAAUACCGUGAUGCAGCCAAAAUCGAACUGCGCGUUUUGCAGACACUCCGACAAAACGAUGCCGAAAACAAGUACAGGUGCAUUCAUCUUCGCGACUGCUUCGAUUUCCGCGGUCAUACCUGUCUCGUCAUGAAUCUGCUUGACUCUAGCAUUUUCGAUUAUCUCAAGGGUAAUGGCUUCGUGCCCUUCCCAAACAGUCAUAUCCAGAGCUUUGCCAAACAGCUCUUGACAAGUGUCGCUUUUGUCCACGACCUGGGACUGAUCCAUACCGAUCUAAAACCGGAAAACAUUCUCCUCUGUCGCCAAGCCGAACAUCGGAAGGUUCUCUUAAACCCCGAAAUCAGACUCAUCGACUUUGGAUCAGCGACUUUCCAAGAUGAGUACCACUCCUCUGUCGUGUCAACGCGCCAUUACAGAGCCCCUGAAAUCAUCCUCGGGCUUGGAUGGUCCUUCCCCUGCGACAUUUGGAGUAUAGGUUGCAUCCUCGUUGAAUUUUUCACAGGCGACGCGUUGUUCCAAACACAUGAUAACGUUGAGCAUUUGGCUUUGAUGGAAGCCGUGUUUGACAUGAAAAUCGACACCGAGUUGGUGCGGAAAGUUAACCGAAUGUCCUCUAGAAGCAACAGUGCAGCCAGUUACUUCAAGCGCUUUCGACUGAACUACCCGACUCCUGAGACAAACCGAGCUUCAAGAAGAUUCGUCAGAACCAUGAAGCGGCUAGAUGAGAUUAUUCCCACCAAAAGCAACACUUUUCUGAAACACUUUCUCGAUCUGCUCCAAAAAAUAUUCGUAUAUGACCCCGCUCGUCGCAUUACGGCAAAGGAAGCAUUAAAUCAUCCAUGGUUCCAGGAACCAGUACGCGAUGAUGGGACAGAAGCAGCGCGAAUCCGCCUGGAAAGAGCACAAAUGUUUCCACACAGCUCUCAGACACGGCUGUAGUCGUCGGUUCAAAGAACGUGGGUGUCGAGGAUUUUGAUUUGGGUACAUCUACGGCAUGAUCAUUGCGGGGACAUUUACUUUAUGACGGCGCUUUGGUUGAGUUUCUCAAUAAAGACGGGCGUACGCUCAAAGAUGGAAUGACGGGUCUAAACAAAGGAGACAGGAGUAGGUUUAUAUGAUGAUACCCAGUACAGAGGAUGAAUACAACUUGUCGCGUGCUCGUGUCACGUUAUGGAGUCUUGGUAUGGAUACAAUCCGCCCUAGACCAGUUGAAUGAACAAAUUGAACUACAUCUCUCA